GUAGUUUCAGCUGCUCCUUUGCUUCCUGUUUUUGUUUUUUAAAUUUUCUUAAUGUCUUGGAGUUAUAUUUUACUGUCAUGCACUUUCUUAAUGUGGCAUGUCAAGGCAAAAGCUGUGGACUGGUCAAAUCCAUCGUAAAAGUCAGCAGUUUUAUUGCCGAGGAGACUUAAGCUGAAUUUCCUUCACUGAAGAAUUUUGAACCUUUUACCCUUUCCGAUGGGGGAUACAGUUGGAAAUGGCCAGUGUUACACCUUGAAAGUGCGUGGACUGGUUACAUGUCGGGUGUUGGGCUGGCAAAGCUUUUCACUCAGUUAUGUCCACAUCCGUUCGGCUCUGCCUGUCUUAGGUGACUUCAUCACCAUGGGGAUGUUUAGCCCUCUAUCAAGGUAAUAGUACAGCUGCAGCAGAGCAUAGACAUAUCUGUGUCAUAGCAUUGUUCUUCUCUUCCUGUGCUAAUUAUAUUGCUUGUGCUGUGAAGAUUGCGUCUGCCUUGUGGUUUGUCUUGAGGUCGGCUCUCUAAUCAUCUUAAAUCCUGGGGAAUUCUCUACAGUCACGACUUCAUCUUGGCCAGUAAUGACUAACUCGUAGGAAUGACUUCCCAGUACACCAACGUCACCUUUAAGCAUCGGGAUUAAAAGGACCAAUUCUUGUUUUCAGCUUUCUUUCAAUGGCUAGGCUGUCUUUCUUGUCAGCUGCAAUGUGCCCCUCUUCUUCUAUGUGUGCCGUUUGCAGGUCUUGCUCUCAUCUGCCUUUCUUCUUGUUCUUACAUGAGGUGGGCAUGAGUUUAUAUUGGCAAUGAGUGGCGCUAGAAUCAUCCCUCAUAAACAUGGAAUUCUUUUUUAAAGACUUUUUCCGAUCAUCAUAUUUGUUACACCAGCAAAAACCUGAGAAAAUGACCAGCGAUGAUCGACGAAAUCUUGGAUUACAAUUUCAUUUUUUAACAGCAUUUUAAGGCCCCAUUUGAGCAAUAUUUAUAUUUUUGUCCGGUCUGUUCAGUCAAACAGCUGGAAAUUUAUACUUACCAGGGUGACUGAUUGAAAGCACGCCUUUGUCAUGAUGCUUGAAUAUUAAUUUUUGCCGGUUGAAACAAAGCAACCGCACACAUUUGUGCGGUUUUCAAAAUAACUUUGAAUGAAUAAUGUUGACGGUCUUCCUUUGUCACAAUUAUUGAAAUGGUGGCGCGAGUCGUACUUUGAAAUAGCUGUGAAGAGUAAUUUCCCACUUCUGCAAAAGCGCCAGUUUAGAGGUCACGAUCUUUAAAAGGAGCAAUUAAGACGUAUCUGUUAAGAAAGAAUUUGCUCGUAACACCGAGAGCUUCUCUUGUAUUUUAGUGUUAGAUUUGAGUUCUUAAUUGUAUAAUAUGUUAUAUAACAAUUUUUGAAUGUAAUUUUUAUAUCAUUCUGAUAUGUAACAGUUUUUAGGCUUUCAUUUAAUUUAGAACUAUGCUAUGUAACUUUGCCUGUAUGUUUUUGCCCUCGCAGGGGUUUCGCCCAGAACGCGAAAUCCCGAGGAGGCACUCUAGUAACUCGCGCGUAUGUUAAGGAAAGUACUUACAGUUGAAGUAUACAGUCAUACAGUCAAUAUAGGAAAAAUCUCGAUUUGCUUGAACAGGGGCCGCGAGGAAUCGGUAGGUAAUGAUGACGUUUCUAUUGUUUGCGCCGGCAAGUACGAAAUGGUUAGGAUGACGUAAAACACAAAAAGCUUAAGAUAGGUAGAUUUUGUGACAUUAAUUGUGCAGUCAUACUUCAAAACUCUUUUGCGUUACGUGUUAUCAGUGACAUUCCGUGGAGCAGUUGUUAUGAUAGUUAUGGACCAAAAGACACUCGUUAAGUGCAGGUGAAGUUAUAAGGUGCGUAGAACAGUGUAUCUUUUAACACUAAGUGAGUUUGCCAGACCCGAGUUCACAAAUCUUUGAUUCAAAACCUUCAGCUGAACCUUGCCAGACACUCUUUCUUGGAAGACUCGGCCCAAAACAAGCAAGACGAGUGAAUGAUUCAACAGCUAGCUUAUCACUAGCAGAACUAUGGAGGAUUACAGAAAUUCGCCGACCAUCAAAGUCUGUGCUGACUUAUUCCCUGCUCACAGAUGUGCUUCCGCUAUAAAGUUUAAAAUAAGACUAUAAUGCGCGAGUGUGAAUUGAUCAAACGUCCUUUUAAUUUCUAAGGCUUACUAUCCGGCAAAUAAAAUAAACUAAAUGUAAAAAGUGAAAUAGAAAUAGCAAAAAGUUAAACUGCUAAUUAAAUCUUUUCUCAUGGUUUAGAAUAAACUAUUCUCGAAACUGAGAAUGUUUUGAUCAAAGCUGUGUAAAUCAAACCGAAACUGUGCAUGGAACCUUUCGUUUAUUUCCUGUAUUUAUCUCACCUAUUGUUUUUGAAUAUGUGUGAACAUCUUCAUUAUGAAUCGGUAUAUUUUAAAGAGCUACACAAGGAGCAAGAAUACUAUAUACAGAGCGGGGGCAGCUGUAGUGUCAACUAUUACUAGUAUGUUUUGUACACAGAUAGGUUAGAUUUAAAUGGAAGGCGCAUUUGAUCAUGCAUAUUCAUAUGUUAAUUUGCGCCUAAUACGCAAUAAAUUAUUAUAAUUAUUAUUAUCAGUUCUGUACGCAGGUCGUGUAUGUACGCUACAUUGAAAUAUUUCGAUCAUUAGCACUGAUACGGUUCAAAUGUUUAGAAACAUUUCAGAGGAAGAGCAUUGCCGAAGGAUCGAGGUAUCAACGAGGUUUAUUGUUCAUACCCAAAACUUCGCUGUCUUUCUAGCAGGGGCUCUAGCGAGGAAUGGAUUACAGUUUGCCGGAGCAAUGGAGAAAAGAACUGGACAAUCAUACGGAGCUGAUGAGAAAAUAAUUGACUUGAUUUAAGAUUACCUUCGGGUCGUCAACAACGCGUAAAACUCGGAAACGCCUUUUUUCUCUUGGCAGUCAAUCUGUAAGGAAUUCCCCAGCGAUCAAUUGUUGGUUUUUACAUGACGUCACUAAAAUUCAAAGUGAAAAACUAUCGAUCCUACCGAGAUUUUACUUUCUCGAUUAGAGCAGCUGAAAACUAAUUUUCAUAAAAAUUUUUGCUUCAAAAGGGUUCUUGGUUUUGAGGGAGUAUGCUUGAAUUUCGAAGCUUUUGCGUGACGCGGCAUUUACGUGACGGCCAAGAGAGCUGUCAUGUAGGUUAAAAAAAAUGACUGAUUUCAGGAAAUUUUGCUAUCUAAACAGUUCAUGUAUUAGAAAAAGUAUUAAUUUAAUGUUAAUGAGUUUCUCGAAGAAUAAAUUCACGCUUUUGUAGCAAAGCUCGGUAACAGAUGUUUCUGUUGGUUUCCGUCCGCCAUGUUGGAGCUCAUCCAGGUGAGCACCAGCAUGGCGUCUCCAUACAAAUCUCUGUAAGUUUGUGUAAAACGUUUCUUCGGAUAUCUCGUAUACGAAAUAUUCCUCCACCUGAAUCUUGGCGAGGGUCCUUGUAUAUGUACCUCCCUUCACUUCCCAGAUUCUGGACUUCAUCUAUUGAACGGUUUUGAUUUUUAUUUUGAUCUAUUUUGAAUGGCGUAACACUGAAAACCAGCAAACCUGGGACCCGCCGCUAUUAUUCAAUAUUUUUGUAAAUGAUCUGUAUUGCGCAAUUAAGUACACAAUUCUGUUAACCUUUGCUGACUAGACGCAAAUUUUCUAUGCAGGAGAUACGGUUCGAAAGUUGAAGUGGCCAAUGUAACACAAAUCCUGGUCCGGAUAGACAAAUGGUACGAGGAAAAAUGAAAUGAGACGAAAUCACGAGAAAUACAAGGCGAUGGUUUUAGAAAAAUCAAUAGAAAACGAAAUUGACUUACUCAGAGUGACUGUGGGUAAAAAGUUAAAGCUUGAGUCCGGCAUUACCAAAAUCUGCCGAAAAUUUGUCAGCAAGUAACGGUAUUGUCUUGAAUAGAAUGAAGAGGUUGUUUUCUUUAAAAACCUGCAAGAGACUUCAUGAGGCGUUUUACCACAUUUUAAUUUCUGCGCAAAGACUUUGCAUUUUCGUAGUAAGCGAUCAAUCGAAAAACUUGAGAAAUUAAACGACCGAUUCCCUUGCUUUAUUUGGCGUGAUCAGAGCUCUACUUAUCAGACCCUGCUAACUUCAUCUAUAACCUCAGAGGUACUGACAUUCUUGAAUGAAUGAACGAAUGAACUUUAUUUAAGUGCCAGAGUAUUUGCAGUAUGUAUUAGCCAAUUGGGGACACUAAAAGAACAUUCCAAAUACAAAAUAAAAAAAAUUAAUUGAUUAAUUAAAACAGGGAUGCUACAAGUGAUAAAAAUCUAUUUUAAAAUUGAUAAUCAUUUUAAAAACAAAGAAUGUUCAUAAUAAAAAUCUAUUCAAGAUAAAUUUAAUUUCGCUUAGUUUCAAGAAGAACUGAUAUUAAAAUAUUCACGAUUUAAAAUUAAUUAGUUAAGAAGUGAUAAAAUUCCAUUACAAACGUGGUUAAGUGAUACAAAAGUUACAAUUGGCGCACGUGCACGUGAAAGUCUUUCUUUCUUAUGUUCCGUUUAAAAUUGUCCAGCGAGGGUCGCUGUCGAUCACUUGAGGAUAGUCAGGACGAAAGGUAUGGGCCCAGGUAGCUUAUUUUGUGUUUUCCAUAUCUUAUUGUUGAGUAGCGAGGUAUAUCAAAAUCUGCAUUUCUUAGGGAGUACCCUUUGUUUGCAAGAUUGAAAAGUUCACCUAUGUAGUCAGGGGUCAAACCUUUUCUAACUUUGUACAUUGAAAUUACAAUCUCUUGAAGCGUCCUCCUAUUGUAGAGAGAAGGCAAGUUUGCACGGCGUAAAAGAUCUUCGUAAGUGUCUGUCCUACAGUUGUAAAUUGCUCUUAAUGUCUUAAAGUGCGUUCUUGCAGUCUCUCCAGCUUUCGUCUCUCGGACUGCUCACAAAAAUACCAUACAGUUUGGCAAUACGUCAGGUGAGGAAGGAUUGCUGUUAGGUGCAGUUUAAGCUUGGUCAUGCAUGAGAUUAGAUUGCGCAGUUGCGCAGUUGCGCAGUUGCGCAGUUGCGCAGUUGCGCAGUUAUUGUAUCGAAAGUGAACACCACCACUUACGGACUAAGAUCUUAGCGUUACACAAUGGCGCUGAUUCAUGUUUAAGUAACACUGACUUUACAACAAUCGCUAGGGAAUGCGUAAAGAAUUGCAAGAUUGGUCAUAUCAAUACCAACAGUAUCUCGGGACACAAAUCCUAUGAUACGGCAUUGGUUACAGUCGGGUUUUUUGCGAUAUAUUAGCAAUCACAGAAACAAAGCUAGACCAGACAUUUCCUAAACAUGAGUUUCAUGUCGAUGGCUUUCGUUUUAGAAAAAUCUCAGGGCUGAUAGAAAUAUACAUGGUGGAGGUCUCAUGAUCUAUAUAAGAUCUGAUAUCCCGUAUAAGAUUGACAGAACGAUAACCGCACAUCAACGGAAACAGUUUGACACUUAAUAUAUGGCUUGUUUAGUCAAAAUUGGAAGAUCCUGGUUUACAAUUUCCGGUAAUGGGUUCAUGAUAACCGUCACGAAUAUAGGGACAUUCCAUGACCACUUUGCCCCCUAUGAGAAAGUUGAUGUUUGGUGUAGUUAGUGCAGUUAGAGUAGUUGCUGUAGCUGGUGUAGUUGGUGUAGUAUAUAUAGUUGGUGUAGUAUAUGUAGUUGGUGUAGUUAGUGUAGUUGGUGUAGUAUGUGUAGUUGGUGUAGUUAGUGUAGUUGGUGUAGUAUGUGUAGUUAGUGUAGUUAGUGUGGUUGGUAUAGUAUGUGUAGUUGGUGUAGUAUAUAUAAUUGGUGUAGUUAGUGUAGUUGGUGUAGGAUAUGUGGUUGGUGUAGUUGGUGUAGUAUCUGUAGUUGGCGUAGUAUGUGUAGUUGGUGUAGUUACUGUAGUUCGUGUACUAUAUGUAGUUGGUGUAGUAUGUGUAAUUGGUGUAGUUAGUGUAGUUGGUUGGUUUAUGUAGCUUGUGUAGUACAUGUUGUUGUUGUAGUUUGUGUAGUUGCUAUAGUAUAUGUAGUUGGUGUAGUUGCUGUAGUUAGUUUGGUUGGUGUAGUUAGUGUAGUUGGUGUAGUAGAUGUAGUUGGUGUAGUUGGUGUAGUUGGUGCAGUUGCUGUAGUUAUUGUAGUUGGUGUAGUAUUUGUAGUUGGUGUAGUUUGUGUAGGUUGUUUAGUUUAUGUAGUUGGUGUAGUUGGUGUAGUUGCUGCAGUUAGUGUAGUUGGUGUAGUACAUGUAGUUGCUGUAGUUAGUGUAGUUGGUGUAGUACAUUUAGUUGCUGUAGUUGGUGUAGUUGCUGUAGUUAGUGUAGUUGGUGUAGUUAGUCUAGUUUGUGAAGUUUUUGUACUUCGUGUAGUUGCUGUAAUAUGUGUAGUUACUGUAGUUGCUGUAGUAUGUGUAGUUGCUGUAGUUGGUGUUGUUAGUGUAGGUGAUGUAGUCGGUGUAGUUGCUGUAGUUACUGUAGUUCGUGUAGUUGGUGUAGUUGUUGUAGUUUGGGGUAGUUGCUGUAGUUGGCAUGUUGUAGUUGAUGUGGUUGGUGUAGUUCGGUGUAGUUGCUGUAUUCUGGUGUAGUCUGUGUAGUUCGGUGUAGUUUGUCGUAUUCGCUGUAGUUUUUGUAGUUAUACAAGUUUUUAUUCUAACAGAUAUUAACCAAAAAUACGUUAAUCGUAACUUACGUGAACACCAAAAAAACUGUUCGGUGUUUCUUGGGCGCUUGCGCGCUUGCCUGGUUAACACAGAUUUUUUUAUGUUUAUGUUGUUGUUGUUGUCGUUGUUUGUUCCUCGCGAAGCGAGGUUUAUAAUCUCGUCGCGCGCGAAGCGCGCGUGUAUCACUCAAGCAUCGCAAGGCCAGCGUGAUUUCCUCUUGGCUAUAAAUCUAUCGAGUUUGGUUAGUGUCCGCCUUGACGUCAUCCAGUAGUGACAUCAAAAUGCACUAUGGGUUUCCAGGCAACCGAUUGCCAUCGACGACAAAAUUAUAACAAUGUUUACGCUCGGUGAGUCACCCAAUAUCUCAGGUAAAUAAAACAGAACAGCAAACUCAACAACGGUGGAUUCAACAAGUGGCUGGAAAUCCUCCCUGGGAAAGAUUUACAAACAAAAGUCCGCAAGAGCGAUGACGUCGACCUUAAAUUCAGCGCGAGUAACGGCACAUCGAAGGCAAACACUGUCAACUAGAGACAGAGGUUAUACAGCGACCACGAAUAUGUAAAGAGUUAGCAACAAAAUACUACAGUUACACUGCAAAAGAA